CCGAAAAAAGGUCCAAGAAUUCGAGGACACCUCCUCCUCUUCCUCCUCCACGAUGGCCAUGCCAAGAUCCUUCCCCAAAUCGUAGCCUUUGUUUGUUCCCCCAAAAGGAAGGAUUUCAUUCCUUCCCGUUCCAUCGUUCCGAUUUGCCGUCAAGCAAAUGCGAAGCGUCUCCCCUGUGAUCUUCUUUCACCUUGGCGAGCUGUGCGACUGACUGGUUGAUCCAGGCUGUAUAUACAUAGGGUUAAUUAAUGAGCGGCGCCAAUUCUUCGUUGCCGAUGCCUCCGCCGCCGCCGCCACCGGCGCCCGCUGCGUCGGCGCUCGACAACGUGGAGGCCAAGAUAAGCCCCAGCAUCGUCUUCGUCGUGGCCAUCCUGGCGAUCGUCUUCUUCGUCUGCGGCCUGCUGCACCUGCUGGUGCGCCACCUGCUGCGGCUGCGGCGCCGGCGCCGCCGCGCGCGGGAGGACGCGGACAGCGUCACGGCGUUCCAGGGCCAGCUGCAGCAGCUCUUCCACCUGCACGACGCCGGCGUGGACCAGGCCUUCAUCGACGCGCUCCCGGUCUUCCUCUACCGCAACGUCGUCGGGGCCGCGCCGGGCGGCAAGGACCCGUUCGACUGCGCCGUGUGCCUGUGCGAGUUCGCGCCCGACGACCAGCUCCGCCUGCUGCCCAAGUGCAGCCACGCGUUCCACCUCGAGUGCAUCGACACGUGGCUGCUGUCCCACUCCACCUGCCCGCUCUGCCGCCGGAGCCUCCUCGCCGACCUCUCGCCCACGUGCAGCCCCGUCGUGAUGGUGCUCGAGUCCGAGAGCGCCCGCGACAUGGCCGCGUCCGCUGCUCGGGCCACCGACGCCGAGCCCAGCGCCGGGCCCGGGGCCACGCUGCCGCGGGACCAAGGAGCGGACGAGGUGGUCGAGGUGAAGCUGGGGAAGUUCAUGUGCGUCGAAGGCAGCACCGCCAACGCCAACGCCAAGGCGGCGGACGGAGCAGGCACCAGCGGCGACGGCGACGUCGACGUCGACGCCAGUGCCAAGGAAGGUCUCGGUCUCGGGCAGAGACGGUGCCACUCCAUGGGGUCCUACGAGUACGUCAUGGACGACCACGCCUCGCUCCGCGUGGCGAUCAAGCCGCCCAAGAAGAAGCCCGCGGCCUCCAAGUCGCGCCGCCGCGGCGCCAUGUCGGAGUGCGAGUUCGGCGCGUCCAAGCGCGGGGAGACCUCGCUCCGCCUGCCAUUCCCAGCAACGGCGCACAAGCAGCAGCAGCAGGCCGACGCGACCAUGGCGAAGCUCGCCAAGGACAGCUUCUCCGUGUCGAAGACCUGGAUGGUGCCGCCGACCAAGAAGGAUCCCGCCGGCGAGAGGCGCGCCGUGUCGUUCCGGUGGCCGGUGAGCGGCAGGGACGAGGGAGAAGGCAAGGACAGGAGGAGCGGGAGCGAGGCUGAGUGGGACGUGGAGGCCGGGAGCUGCGGCAGCGUGUCGUCGCUGGCGGAGGAGAGGCCGUCCUUCGCGCGGAGGACCCUGCUCUGGGUCGUCGGAGGCCGGCAGCAGAGCCGAGUCGGGAGCUGUUCGUGAUCAGCAGCGCACGGUUGCUCGAAGAUUAAAAAAAAGAAAGCAGAGAAAUUCUUUUGUGCUCUUUCGGCAGAUUGGUAGUAGCGAGUAGCGGUUGCAAUAGCUAGAGAUUUGCAGAACCCGAAAGCUCUGAAAAAUUCUUUCU